AUGAAUUGCCUUUCAGAAUGCGGUAUAUCCAAUCAGGAGGACCGAAUCGUCGGUGGACGACCAACAACCCCGAACAAAUAUCCGUGGGUGGCCAGACUCGUGUACGAGGGUCGCUUCCACUGUGGAGCCAGCCUCGUUAACAAUGAUUACGUUAUCACUGCUGCUCACUGUGUACGUAGGUUAAAACGAUCGAAGAUCCGCGUGAUACUCGGUGAUUAUGAUCAACACGUGAACACCGACGGAAAAGCCAUAAUGAGAGCUGUGAGCGCUGUAAUUCGUCACAGAAACUUCGACAUGAAUUCGUACAACCACGACGUUGCUCUGUUGAAACUUCGAAAGUCUGUGAAGUUUUCCAAAACUGUGAGACCAAUAUGUCUACCUCAAAAAGGUAGUGGUAGUGAUCCCGCUGGUAAAGAAGGCACCGUGGUAGGCUGGGGUCGUACGUCGGAAGGAGGAAUGCUUGCUGGGCAAGUGCAUGAGGUCCAAGUGCCGAUAUUAAGUUUGAUACAGUGUCGUAAAAUGAAGUAUCGAGCGAAUCGAAUCACGGAGAACAUGAUUUGUGCCGGUCGAGGCAGUCAGGAUUCUUGCCAAGGCGAUAGUGGCGGACCUCUGCUCGUGCAGGAAGGCGACAAACUCGAAAUAGUUGGUAAGAAAUUAACGCAGCAUCCUGUUUACCUCACAACACGUUCGAAAGUACCAAGAAUAGUGUCCUGGGGUGUUGGUUGCGGAAGACCGGGAUAUCCUGGAGUGUACACCAGAGUAACUAGGUACCUGAACUGGAUUAAUACGAAUAUGAAAGAAGGAUUUGAGAUCUCAAUUAUUAGCAGCAAAAUUGAAAAUUUCAUAUUUCCUCGAUGAUUCUCAAUACACACCUUGUGUCAAUAAAAAGCGCGAAUUGCCAUUCAAAGUAUGUUCAAAAAAACCUUUCCCUCCCCCUCCCAUUCGCUCGUAAAUGUGACGUUAUUCAACAAUUAUUUCUGAGAAAAGGAGGUAUCGUUAAAAGUGAAUUCUUGUCGAUGGCACCGUAAAAAAAAAAUCUCUACCUCACGUUCCUACCACGCAUUUCAGAUCGCAGAUAAGUGGCAAACAACGAUUAAAUAUAUCGUAAUUUAGUCGAAAGUGGAAAAACCAGACUCCGACAGACGCAUCGAGCUGUCUUAUCUCUAUCUCGAAUCGACGGCGUGUUAUUAGUAGAAAAUAAUAAGUGGUUCAACGGUACCGGUAUGACGCGCCGGUAUGUAUAAUAAGAGUUUUGCAUAUAAUAAGAUACAGUUAAGACACAUAACUUGUUACAAAUGUCUUCUCCUUUUUGAAUUUGCAUAAUAUAUACGAAGCAUUGAUUUUUGGGUGCGUCUCUGAUACGUGAGAAAAAUAUUUUUUUCUUGAGUGUCAUGCAAAUAGAUGGGAUUGAAUAAAAUUAAAGAUAAAUCUAUAAAUCUUGCACAGAGAAUUAAAUUAAGGUUACGCAAUUAUUUCUUAAAUCAGUAAAAUUGGAUAUCAAUAUUGGUAUCAAUAAAUAUUUAUUGAUUACUUAUAAUGUACUGUAGCGUAUUGUGUAAUGGUAUUUUUCUAUAAUUUAUUUAUAGAAAAGAAACCUGUGA